GAACUCUUUAUCUGACCUUUGGAUGUGAAUAUUCAUGAGCUAGAUUUCCCGCGAAAAAUGAUCAUGUGUGCAGAAACCGCGGCAAAAUCGUCGAGGAGACAAGAUGGCAGAUCAAUCCUCUGAGCGUUCGGAGCCCUUCUCCCCACCGGUGGGGAGCCCCCGCACCAGCCCCAGCCGUGGCACCAGCCCCACCCGAGACCUCCCGCCCUUCGAGGACGAAUCAGAGGGGCUGCUGGGUAACGAGGAUGCACCCGUCCUGGAGGAGGAGGAGGAGGAUGGGGAGGAACUGUUCGGAGAUCGCAUGGAAACGGACUACCGUCCAAUCCCAGAGCUGGAUGUGUACGACCGCGAGGGCCUGGAUGACAAUGAGGAGUACUCGGAGCUCUCGUUUGGCGAGCGUGCCGAGGUGGAGCGUGAGCUGAGGAAACGCGACAGGGAGGAGGGGCGCAUUUCUGGCCGCAUGCGCAGAGGCCUGCUGUAUGAUGAGAGUGAUGAGGAGGAUGAAGCGGUACCCAGGAGGAGGAGACGUCUGGCGGAGAAGGCAGCCGAGGGGCUGGAGGGGGAGGAUGAGGAGAUGAUAGAGAGUAUAGAGAACCUGGAGGAUAUGAAGGGACACUCCGUUAGGGAGUGGGUGUCCAUGGCAGCGCCACGUCUCGAGAUCUACAACCGCUUCAAGAACUUCCUCCGCUCCUACUGCGAUGAGACGGGCAAGAACGUCUACCGCGAGAAGAUCAGGAAAAUGUGUGAAAACAACAAGGAGAGUCUGGUAAUUGACUACAACAUCCUGGCUAACGAGGAGCAGGUCUUGGCGUACUUCCUGCCCGAGGCGCCGGCCGAGAUGCUGAAGAUUCUGGACGAGGCAGCGAAGGAAGUUGUUCUGUCCAUGUUCCCCAAGUACGACCACAUCGCCAAGGAGAUCCACGUGCGCAUCGCUGAGCUGCCGCUGGUGGAGGAGCUGAGAUCACUCAGACAGCUGCAUCUGAACCAGCUGAUCCGUACUAGCGGAGUGGUGACCAGCACCACAGGAAUCCUGCCCCAGCUGUCCAUGAUCAAGUAUGACUGUCAGAAGUGCAGCUUCGUGCUCGGCCCCUUCUACCAGACACAGAACCAGGAGGUCAAGCCGGGCUCCUGUCCUGAGUGCCAGUCCAACGGGCCGUUUGAAAUCAACAUGGAACAGACGGUGUACCAGAACUACCAGCGAAUCACCAUCCAGGAGAGCCCGGGGAAGGUCGCCGCCGGCCGUCUGCCGCGCUCCAAAGACGCCAUCUUGCUCGCUGACCUUGUGGACUCCUGUAAACCUGGGGACGAGAUUGAACUUACCGGCAUCUACCACAACAACUAUGACGGCUCCCUGAACAUGGCGAAUGGUUUUCCGGUGUUCGCCACUGUCAUCCAGGCCAACUACAUCACCAAGAAGGAUGACAAACUGGCCGUCAGUAGCCUGACAGACGACGAUGUCAAGGCCAUUGUGGCGCUUUCCAAGGAUGAACGCAUCGGAGAGAAGAUAUUUGCCAGCAUGGCUCCUUCCAUAUACGGUCAUGAUGACAUCAAGAGAGCCCUGGCUUUGGCUCUGUUUGGAGGAGAAGCCAAAAAUCCAGGCCAGAAGCACAAGGUACGAGGAGACAUAAACGUCCUGCUGUGUGGUGACCCAGGGACGGCCAAGUCUCAGUUCCUCAAGUAUGUGGAGAAGACGGCACACCGGCCUGUCUUCACUACAGGCCAGGGUGCAUCGGCGGUGGGUCUGACGGCGUAUGUCCAGCGGAACCCGGUCAGCAGGGAGUGGACACUGGAGGCCGGAGCCCUGGUGCUGGCCGACAGGGGCGUCUGUCUCAUCGAUGAGUUUGACAAGAUGAACGAUGCUGACCGUACCAGUAUCCAUGAGGCCAUGGAGCAGCAGACCAUCUCCAUCUCCAAGGCAGGCAUCGUCACAUCCCUACAGGCGCGGUGUUCCAUCCUCGCUGCCGCUAACCCCAUCGGGGGUCGCUACGACCCCUCCCUCACCUUUGCUGAAAAUGUGGACCUCCCAGAGCCCAUCCUGUCCAGAUUUGACAUCCUGUGUGUGGUGAGGGAUACGGUGGACCCUGUACAGGACGAAUUGUUGGCCAGAUUUGUUGUAAACAGUCACAUCAGACACCACCCCUCCAACAGUGGGGAAGAUGGAGUGCAACAGGAGAUGCCCCCGACCACCUCAGGAGUGGAGCCAGUUCCUCAGGACCUCCUUAAGAAGUAUGUCAUCUACAGUAAGGAGAAGGUUCACCCCAAACUGCACAACAUGGACCAGGACAAGGUGGCUCGCAUGUACUCAGACCUGCGCAGGGAGUCCAUGGCCACAGGCAGUGUGCCGAUCACGGUACGACACAUCGAGUCCAUGAUCCGUAUGGCGGAGGCUCACGCCCGCAUGCACCUGCGGGACUACGUGAACGAGGAUGACGUGAACAUGGCCAUCCGCGUCAUGCUGGAGAGCUUCAUCGACACGCAGAAGUACAGCGUCAUGAGGAGCAUGAGAAAGAACUUUGCCCGUUACUUGGCGUUCAGGCGAGACAACAACGAGCUGCUGUUCUUCAUCCUGCGACAGCUGGUGCAGGAGCAGCUGUCCUUCCACAGGAACCGCUACGGGAACACUGACCAGGACUUCGUGGAGGUCUCCGAGAAGGAUCUGCAGGACAAGGCCCGUCAGAUCGGUAUCCACAACCUGUCCGCGUUCUACGAGAGCGACGUCUUCAAGACCAACAGGUUCACCCACGACGGGAAGCGCAAACUCAUCAUACAGACGCUGUAACCUGAAGACUGAUCCAACUUGUGUACACAUGAAAUCUGAUUUCACCAACUUCAACCCACCUCAACAAUGUGACUUGUUUCUCAGAUGAAAGAAUUCAGAUGCAGGAAUUGCAAGUGCAAAUGGCUGACUUUGUGUCAAAUGAUUGCUGAACCUUAAAGAUGCUGUUUAUCUUGACAUGGAGUUUACAGUUGUUCAAAGUCUGGGAGACAAAUAAUAUUGUUGAGGUGGACUCAGUGUUAUCACUGAACCAGAGGGCAGUCAUGUUACUUCCCCUGAUAAGAAUAUGUGCUAUAUCAUCUCUUCAAUGAUCAUGAUUAUUGAAAAAUGUACGAAUUGGAGCUGUACUCAACUCUAUCAUGGAUAUGUGUACAAGUCUCAUCAGUUGUGACAUAAAGUAGGUCUGUUUUGGUAUCAAAGCAGGGCCGAGACAUUCUUAACACAAAUUGUCUUACAUUGACCAAGAGGGCCUUACUGUUUGAAAAAAUUGAAAAUAUUGGUCUUUAUUUAUGUGCAUCCAUUGCACCUUCUUUCAAUGUCUUGUUACCAUAGUCAUCUAAAAUGGAGAAUUUGCCAAAAAUUUACUUACUGUUUUGCUUGCAAAUGUAAUGAUGUGUUUUCAACAAUGUCAGGAUUGCUUUUUGUGUUUGUAUGUAUUUCUUAGGACAAAGUACAUUACAUUGUACAUGUAGACAUAUUGGGAUACAAUGUAGCUAUCAUUACAUACUAAACAACACUAGAAAUGUAUGUCUUGAAAAGAUUGCUUAGUUAGUAUUACUAUUGGUUUACAGAAUGGACAAAUGAUUGUAGCCUAGAUUAUAAAAAGGUACCAAAUCAUUACUACUUUGUCUAUCUUUUGGACAAUAAAACUUGUUGACUCAUGUAUGUUU